UAUUGUACUUAGUAUUAUUCGCAAAGAGUCAUACCAUGAAUGCUCCCACUUUCUUAAUCCUAGCAAUCUUUUUGUGUCUCUUCCUCCCUUUUUCCAGCCAAAUCAACGCAGAAUCCGAUUUGAUCAAACAGGUAUGCAGCCAGACAACCAACCCCAGCCUCUGCACCACCACUCUUGUAUCUAAUCCGAAAGCUGCCUCUGCAACCAAUUUUGUUACCUUAUGCAAGGCUGCUCUGGUGUCCGUCAUUAUUAAUGCAAUUGACUUACUUUCUUACGUAGAUAAUGCAUUGUUCAAUGAUCCCAAGCCGGAGUUGAAGGAAGCUCUGGAAACUUGUGUGAAACAAUACAACUAUGCCAAGGGUUCUUUGGAGAGCUCAUAUAUGGAAAUAGAUUUGGACCCAUUGACGGCAAAUUAUGACGCCAAAGUAGCUGGGGAUGGUUACACCUACUGUGAAGAGGCUUUGGCGAGGACUAAGGUUGGUGAUCCAAAACUUUCUGCUAAAAACAAAGUGGGAUUGGAUUUUGUCUCCAUCGCCGAUUCAGCCACAAGUAAGCUUCCGAAUUGAACAACUAGCCUACAACAGUACUUGUUGGCCAACUGUAAUAAUGAUAUGAAAUAAUCUUUUAUCUCUUUU